AAAAGAAAAGAAAAAAAAGAAAAGUGAAAGACAGAAGAUUAAGGCGGGAGGUUAGGAUUAAGAAGGAAGGCGAUAAGUUGAACCUCGGGAGGCAGACCAGAAGUCAGCAACUUCAGAAAAUCCACCAUUAAUGAAAAUCCUUAAUCCUUGUUUUUGCUUUCUACCCAACAAAACUAAUCAUCCAACGCUAAAAGAUAAGACGGAAUCCAAGAAAAAGUACACACAAACGCAGAGAAAUACGAUACAAAUACAUAAUUCCUUCCACUCCAAACCGUUUCUGCGCACAAAGCCAACAUACCCAACGUAAUCCUUCAUUUUUUAUCCUUCCUUCCAACCCCUUUUGAUCCUCAAUCAUGGCGGAUCUCUACGGAACUUCCCCUUCUUCUGAUGUUGUGGGUUUGCCCCAUGACCCUGAAGAUUUCUCUUCUUUCAUCAAUCACCAUCUUCAAACCACUACUUCCUCUGCUUCUUCCCCUUCUUGCGUCUCCUUCAAGAACAAGUUCAUGCCCUUGUUGCAUUCUCAACCUCCUUGGCACUCUCCGCCGAUGUUUCCUCGCCGACCGGAUUCCACCUCUGUUCCUGGUGUGUCCUGCAUGCUCGAUGUCCCCGAGGAUCGGCUUCAGUCCAGUCGUGUUUUGAACCACGCUUUGUCGGAUUGUAGUGUUAGGGAUGUGAGAUUUGCUGAUACUUCGUAUUUGGCUGUCAACUCCACUUGUGGCGGCGUGAAAUUGUCGGAUCCUGGCGAUUUCAUUAAAGAAAAUUCGGACAACGCGUUUUCUUCCUCCGGCGCUGUCGAUUCCGAUUCGAAUACGCCGUUGAAGAGAAGGGGUCUAUCGUCUGAAAAUGAUCUUGGGGAUUUCAGUUGCGAUAGCGAGGGUGGGGAUGUGCCGGAAGUUCCAUCCAGUACUGAUCUGCCUCGAAAUUCGUCCAAGAGAAGUAGAAGCGCUGAGGUCCAUAAUAUGUCGGAGAAGAGACGAAGAAGGAGGAUCAAUGAGAAAAUGAAAGCCCUUCAGAACCUAAUUCCCAAUUCAAACAAGACGGACAAAGCUUCAAUGUUGGACGAAGCAAUUGAGUAUUUGAAGCAGCUUCAACUUCAAGUCCAGAUGUUAUCAAUGAGAAAUGGCUUGAGUUUGCAACCAAUGUGCUUGCCAGGAAUGCUGCAGCCAAUUCAACUACCUCAGAUGGGGUUGGACUUUGAUGUAGGAAAUGCAUUUCUAACAUCCAGAAGAGGAAUAGACACAUCGUCUACUAGGAAUGAAGGGUGUCCUAUGCAAUCUACAUUCAAUCUUUCCAGCAAAUGUAACCUUUCAGAUCAGUCAGUUGCCAUCCCUUCUGUACCAAACAACUCAACUUCAGAGACGGCUUUCGGUUUUGAACCUGUGAUUCAGGCUUACAAUGCGGAGUUUGACCUUUCCUCUGAUUUCAAGGAUGCCCAACCAGCUGCACGGUUAGAUUGCGCUCAAACAGGGGAGGAGUCAGCAGAAGCAUCUUAGUUGUAGUCCUGUGCAGGAUGCUGCUCACUAGAGUAUGGCCUUUUUAAUGAAGCAAUUCCUUUCCUUGUGGAUUUUCAACUACAAACAUUACAGAAACUACAAAAAGUUCUAUUUUUACACUUACCAUAAAUCUAUUGUAGAAUAGGUUUAACAACAUAAUCUUGAUAUUUAUCCUUCGACUCUAUUUUUAAGAAACAUCUUCUUCAAGUAAUAGAAUAGGCAAACAUAGAAAUGCAGAAAUCUACCUCUUCUGCUUUAUCUGAAAAGAAAGGUGAUAGAAGCUGCCAAAUGUUUUUGGGAAGAAGCAAAAAAUGGUGGUCCUUCCUUACCUUACCAUUUACCAAUUUGAAGCACUAUCUGUACUCAUUGAUGUGAAGUAGAUCAAUUAUUUUGCCAUGUAAUGAUGUCAAGAAAUGAAAACAAAAAA